AUGCCACUUCAAAGUAUUCUUGUGGUUGAACUCUUUGAUGUCUGGGGUAUUGACUUUAUGGGCCCUUUUCCGUCAUCCUGUAGCAACAAAUAUAUAUUAGUGGCUGUAGAUUAUGUGUCAAAAUGGGUUGAAGCUAUGGCGUGUCCCACUGCUGAUGCUGCUGUUGUUAUGCGUUUUCUAAAAGGAUUCAUCUUCUCACGGUUUGGCAUUCCAAGAGUGAUCAUCAGUGAUGGAGGGAAGCACUUCAUCAACAGAGCAUUUGACAAGCUUAUGGCUAAAUAUCAUAUCCAUCAUAGAGUCUCUACACCUUAUCAUCCUCAGACCAGUGGCCAAGUUGAGGUUUCUAAUAGAGAAAUCAAGAAAAUCUUAGAGAAAACAGUCAGUGCUUCAAGGAAGGAUUGGUCUCUGCAGCUAAACGAUGCAUUGUGGGCUUAUCGGACAGCUUACAAAACACCUAUAGGCAUGUCACCAUUUCGAUUGGUGUAUGGGAAAGCAUGCCACUUGCCUAUGGAGUUGGAACAUAAAGCAUAUUGGGCUAUCAAGAAGCUCAAUUUUGACAUACAGGCUGCUGGUGCGAAACGGAAGCUACAACUUAAUGAACUCGAGGAGCUAAGACAUGAGGCUUAUGAGAAUGCAAGGAUAUAUAAAGAAAAGACCAAAAAGUUGCAUGAUCAAGCUAUUUCCAGGAAGACAUUCGUGACGGGAGAGAAAGUGUUACUUUAUAACUCCAAACUUCGACUCUUUCCAGGCAAAUUGCGUUCAAGAUGGACAGGCCCCUUCCUCGUCACUCAAGUUUCUCCUCAUGGUGCUGUAGAGAUUCAGAAUAUGUCAACUGGGACCCAAUUCAAAGUGAAUGGUCAUCGCCUCAAGCAUUAUCUAGAAUCUCACUUUGAUCCUCAAGAGGAACAAGUCGAACACAUCCCAGCAUGUUUAAGGAGUCUUUUUCAAUGUGUUGGCACUCCUCAUUUGGACCGCAAAGCAAGGGAAGGCAACAAGUUGCAGUUCGAGACUCCACAACCUGUAGUUAUAAGUAUUUUCCAGUUCUUUCGCACCAAGGAGUGGCCCCCGCAAGUGACAUAUGGUCUCAACAAGAUGUUCUGGAUGCUGGUGGAUUGGAAGUUCAAAAAUGAGCCAAAAUACCAAAACUGA